GCUUAACCUGUUGCCAAACCGUGGUAACGGCGACACCCACAGGUGUGAGUGCACCAGGGGCUCCCUGGCUGAGGAGCUGGAGGGCUGAUGAUGGAUCUGAAGGAGCGCUGUGGAAGUCAGGGGAGUCAGGAGAGCUCCAGCUUGCGUCCCUCCUCCUGGCAGACCUUUGCUCACACCAGCACACUUCAUGGCCUGCGCUUUGUUUUCCCUUAUGGUCAGCCCAGUGUGCGCCGCUUGCUUUGGGCUGCAGCUCUGCUGGCCUGCUUGGUACUGUUAGCCCUGGAAAGUGCUGAGCGUCUGGCCUAUUUCCUCUCCUACCCUCAUGUGACCAGUGUGGAUGCUGUAGUAUCCGGCAGCCUGGUCUUCCCUGCCGUGACCAUUUGUAACCUCAAUGCUUACCGCUUUAGUCGCCUCACGCGCAAUGAUUUGUAUCAUGCAGGAGAACUGAUGGCCCUGUUGGAUGUGCACCUGAAAAUCCCCCAGCCGCACCUGGCAGAACCAGAUGUGCUUGCUUCUCUUCUGGAAAAAGCCAACUUCACCAAAUACAAGCCCACACCGUUCAGCAUGAAGGAGUUCAUGGAAAGGAUCGGCCAUGACCUGAAAGAGAUGAUGCUCUACUGUCGCUACCAAGGCCAGGAGUGCAGCCACAGUGACUUCAAAACCGGAGGGAAAGGGAGUUAA